UUUGUCAACGUUUAUACAACUAAAAAUUAUUCUUUUGAUAUUUUUACAAUGUCCCAAAUUCUAUCUUUAUUUGGCUAUGAUACGUUUAACCUGGAGGUCAAUAUAUACGCCAUGGCCGAGGACGUAUAUGACAUAACAGACUUGAUGAAAAGUGCCGAGACCCUAAAGAGAUUGGUAUUGAAUCCGUGGGAAAUGAUAAUGCACAUUUGGGCUGCCUUUCUAUCCAUAGCCGUAGUCGUUUUCUUGGUAGGCCUGGUUAUGAAUGAGAAAGCGAAAUGGCGAAAUCAGAGCAGAAAAAAAGAGGAUGCCCAGCUCGGGGCAGACCCUGUGCCCGUGCACACAGAAGACGUUGUAAAGGAACAGAAAAACGAUCGUCAAUCGGAGGAGGAUGAGAAGACAAUUCAUCCCGAUGCAGAUCCAGAUCCAGUCAAGCCAGACAGCUAAUCAGUGUAGAUCUCUGGUCGAGGCCGUAGUUGGUAAACAUUUUCUUAUUAUUUUAAGUAUUCCCAGUCAGAGUGAAUGAAUAAAGACCAGACUUCAGUGUUAUAGCUUGAUAUUAU